AUGGCUUUGGAGACAAUGAUUGCCGGAGAGAUAAUUCAAGGCUUUUAUAUUGACAAGCUGGUGGCAUUGUCAGGUAUUGCUAAGCAUUUUGCCAACAAAUACAGCUCUGAAUAUCUUGCAGGAAUAUGGAAGGAACAUUUACCACACGCCCUGGUAUGGUCUGCAGAUGAUGAGCAUGGAACUGGACCACUUCCACUGCGGGGACCUAGCUGGUCAUGGGCGAGUAGGAACGGAUCCAUAAGAUAUGAUAGGAUCUACUCCUUUGUAAAAACGCCAUUUGAUGACCGCCCGAGCUCAUGGACUGCGAGCGAUUUCAAAAUUCUUGAUGUUCAGGUUCAGACAACUACAUCCGAUUCAUACGGUCACUGCCUGGGUGGUGAGAUGCGUAUCGAAUGUGUCAAACUGAUCGAUGGUACUGGUGUUUCUGAUGGGGUGUACCCAGGAAGAAGUAGCAAAACCAUUCCUAUCGGAGACGAGUCUUUUAGUAUUAACUAUUAUUUUGACGACAGGAGGGAACAUUCUAAAAUAUUCCUACUGAAGAUUUUCACAAGGAUUGUGCAGGAACGCUCCGAGGCUAUUUAUCAAUGGACUCCAGAAAUUCAAGGAAGACCAUCACCUCCUUCAAGUCAUGCCAAUGGUAUACACGACUGUGAAGAGGGACUUAUAAUAGCUCCUGUCGUCGGUAGAAAGGGGACUUUCACACGUAUAGGAAUAUAUCAUCUUCCCGGUUACAUCGGUACUUUGCAAGCUUUUGAGGACGCCAGAAGUAAGACUGAGUCUUUACAAGAGGAUGAGUUGUCAUUGUACGAGCAAGGAUCUGGGGUCAAUGAGGCAGGAAAUCAAAGUUAUGUUAUCACUCUCAUCUAA